AUGACCUCUGGCUAUUUCAGCAAAACAGAAAUCCUCACAACCUUUGCAGAAUUUUGUCACCUUGCUAGUACAGCCUCUCCAACACUCAUAACGCAGGCUUCCACUGCAUUUCUUUACUACUGCCACGUGUUUUCUUUGCAGAUCAAGGACCUUGAAGUCCUCAACUGUGAAUAUGGCAAGAAUACAAUAAAGUUCCUUCGCCUUCAUAAAGAAGGAAAGAAGCAGUUUGUUAAAGAAGUGGAAGUGUGUGCACAUCUCCGGCUGACUUCUCCUCAGGAGUACCUGGAAGGAAACAAUUCUCUUGUGAUACCUACAGACACCAUAAAGAAUAUUGUCCUUGUGCUGGCCAAAAAAAAUGGGAUCUCAAGUUUAGAACAAUUUGCUAUAGAUAUCUGCAAUCACUUCAUGACAACAUUUUGCCAAGUGGCAUACGUCAAAGCCUACGUUCAAGAAGUACCAUGGCAACGUCUGCAUGAGGAUGGCGUUCCCCACAUCCACUCAUUCAUAUGUGUUCCUGAUGGGACCCGCUUUUGUGAAGCUGAGCAGUGCCGGAAUGGCCCUCUGAUUGUCUUUGCUGGAAUUAAGGACCUGAAACUUAUGAAGACAACACAGUCUGGAUUUGAAGGCUUCUACAAGAAUGAACACACCACACUUCCUGAAAGACAUGACAGGAUUCUAUGUGGAGAGUUCUUCUGCAAAUGGUCAUACGGCGAAUGCAAGGAUUUUGACUUUAACUGCAUAUGGAAAAAAAUCCGUGAAUGUAUCCUUGAAGCCUUUGCUGGACCACCUGACUGUGGGGAAUAUUCACCCUCUUACCAGAAAACUGUCAACUGUAUCCAGAUGCUUGUCCUUUCCAGAGUGCCACAGGUACAGGUCAUAGAAGUCGUCUUGAACAACACCUUUUAUAAUGUUGUAGACAUGAAGAAUCUAGGCUUGACCAAUGACAAAGAAGUUUUGGUUCCAGUGGAAACUCCUUAUGGCUCCUGUGCUUGCACACUUGGCCGGAAGACGUUUUUUGAAGCGCAAAGCCAAAUGCUGAGAGAUCAGAGGAGAUGUCAGUUUGGACUGGCAGCUGCCCAGGGAAACUAAACCUCUUGGCUCUACUCAACCUUCCUGAUAAACUUAACAGCAUGGCUUUCCUAUCAAUGUUUAUUCCUUACUGGCCUCUUCCAUUGCUGACUACUUU